AGCAGGGAUCCUUUCUUAGUUUAUUCCGGGAGUUUUUGUAAUUCCGUUAGAAUGGAGAUCGACCCCGAGUCCCGCACCGACAGCACCAGCACCAUUAUCGACAGAACCAGUAAGAGCUCAAAUAUAGAGAGUUUGGGCUUGUCACAUUCCAAGUUAGAUUAUGAUGGGAACUUUAUUCGCUCUGCUUCUGGCGUGUUUAUGGCUGGAGAAAUCGUGUUUGGGCUUCUGGUGUGGACCCUGAUUGGUGGGACGGAGUACCUCCAUAUUCCUGCACUGGGAUGGGUAAUGUUUGUGUCAGUGUUUUAUUGGGUGCUUACUGUCAUUCUCUUCCUCAUAUACCUGACUAUGGCCCACACAAGGAUUCCCAAGAUCCCAUGGAAAAUUUUGGGAAUAUGCUUUAAUGGCAGCGCUUCUGUAUUGUACCUGACAGCAGCUGUGUUUUGUGCCAUAUCUUUGAAUGAGGCCAUUAGGGGGCGCUACUACUUCAUCAGCUGGGUGGCAUCAACGAUAUUUGCCUCACUCGUUAUGGUGUCUUAUGCAGGAAAUACAGUUGUGAAUUUCAAAUCCUGGAGAUCAAAAAGUGAAGAGACAUAGGCAAAUGUUUUUAGUUGUUUGUUUGCUUGUUUGUUUUUUAUUAUCCCUGGGGGAUCAUUUCUGCAAAUUGAAAGAAUCACAUAAAAAGAAAAUUUUGCUGGGGUAAAAAUGCUAAAAAAAAAAAAUGCUAGAAGUAUAUGUAGCAUCAUUCCUAUAAGUAAAACUUGAACUGUAC